UUUGGGGUCAUCUGUCAUUCCACUAAUCAAAGAAGAAAACAAGUAAUACUGUUGAUUAGCAGGUAGGAAUGGCGUGAGGAUAAUAGCGUAUGAAAACGAAGAAAAGACAUCAUUACUAGUGAACGGCUUUAUUUAUGUAUAAAGAGGCAAGGCCUUGUACUAUUUAUUCAUAUAACUUCACCUACCUGUGGUGGGGAUAAGUUCCAGCGGUACAUCCAAUAACAAGGAAGUAUAGACUAGUUGAUAUGAAAUUAGGUCAUUGACAAGCAGUGCAUUAUCACCAGCACCAUGAGCUGUAACAUGUUGGAUGAAGAUAAGAAAUCUGAAGAAGGAAAUCAUUUGCAUGGAAGCUGUUGGUCAAAAGAAUCCUGUCAGCUGGACAGAAGGAAUUCGUUAGUGGAAACUGAGAAAGUGGAACACACUCUAGUGGCAGGCAGUGAUAGUUUACACAGACAUAAUACAUCCAACUGUGAAAGUAUUUAUGAGUGUGAUGAUUCUUAUCAUGAUGGUCACCCAUAUCUGUUUAGUGAAAUACACGAUGACGGUAGUCAAUCAUAUGAAAUUGAAGAGCUGUGCAGAAGUGAUAAUUCUGUAAGCAGAGAGUCUCAUGUGAGAAGAAAACAAGAUGGAUGUAGUGAAUGUAAAGAGAACUAUGAGAACAGCCAACCAGCAGUACAUAACACUGAAGAACUUAAUAAUUGUGAAACUGGCAGUUGUCUGUCAGAAUCAAAUCGUACUAUAGGAGACGAUUCCUGUGAAUGUAAUGAAUCUCGUGCAGAUAGUCAAAUUGAUGACGACAAUCAGUCCUACAGGAGUACAUACACAACGGACCUUUCAGAGGAUGAAUCACUGUACUAUAACAGUGAGGCUGAAAAUGACGACGACGACGAUGAUGAUGACGAUGAUGAUGAUAAUGAUGAGGAGGAGGAGGAAGCAGAUGACAGCACACGUCCUUUGUACAUUAUUGAGUGUAACUCUGAAGAGUUUCUAGAAACUCGUCCUUCUACAGGCUUUGCAACAAUAAUAAGGGCCUUCAGUGUUUGGGCAGAAAUGGAGCAAUUUGAGAAGCCACCACCACCAGCAGCAAAAGAAGUGAUACAGAGUCUGGAAAAUUUGUCGAUAACAGAAAAAGGGUACCAGUGUCCAGUGUGCUUAGGAAUUUGUGAAAUCGGCGAGACUUUAAAAUUGCUUCCUUGUACUCAUGCAUUUCAUAAUGAGUGCAUUCUGCCAUGGUUAGAAAAGACAAAUACUUGCCCAUUGUGUCGACAUGAAAUGCCAACUGACAAUGAAGAUUAUGAGUUGUUCAAAAGAAUUGAAACAGGAAGGCAACUGAGAAACUAAAUGGUCUGUGCAUUUAUGUUGUUACUCAUGAUUAAAAUAUACCAAAUGAUAGAAUUUUGUAGCUGGAAACAUUAAACAUGUCAUUCAUCUGCUUGUAUCUGAUUGUCAGUGGAGAAGUGUACUAUAUUAUUGUGCUGUGUUGUAUUUUGAUGCCAGAGUUUUGUACUGAUAAGGGAGUGUGGAGAAGGCACAAUUGAUUUAGAUGUCAUGAAGAGAAAGUAGUUGCAUUUUCAUCUAUUGAAAGCUAUUUACCAUUGAAAAUGGUUGUGUUAGUGUCUUGUAAUUGAGGAAAAUUCCUAUGUCAAAACAGAUAAUGAGAAAUGUGUAUUUCUAUAGGCCUUAAUGAUUUUUAAGUAUGUGUCAAAAAUAUUAUAGUAUUUGUUUCCAUGAUACAAUGAAACUUAAUGUGAAAAGAGAUUUUUAUGUGAGAAAAUGAGUAGGGAAAACUUUUGGAUAUUUAGAAUAAUUGUCAUCAAACUUAUUAGGCAAUGACAAUUUUCAAUAACACCACAAUUAUUUUGAAAUGGUUAGGUUAAGUAUGUUGUUAAUGUUUGCAUUCCAUUGUAUUAGGAGUAACUGCAAUCUUCAAAGAAGAAUUGACUAUUCUAUUCAUUGGUGUGGUGAAGAAUUGUUGGUACAUAAAACACAAGUUUUGAGUUUUCUAGAAGAGAGUGGGGCUAGUGUGGACAUUUGUUUCAUACUUUGUACUAAGACCAUUUGAAGCAUUUUUUUUUUAAAUUCAGUAUCUUUGGAUUCACCAGUUUUCACAAUACCAGAAUCAUUACAGCAAUUCUUUGUAUCUUCAACAUUUUGACCAUGAGCUAAAAAAAAUAA